AUGGUCUCACAAUAUCAGCCAGACUAUAUUCUGUUGGAGCUUGGCUUCAACGAUCUUGGCUGGUUUGUGAGUGAUGCCCUUGGAACAAUACAGAGCAUGACGACCUUCAUCCAGAAUGCCCGCGCGGCCAAGUCGGAUAUUGCUUUUGCGGUUGCAACCGUUCCUCAAAGGCUUUUCAUCGGUGGUCGUAAUGAUCUCAUCACUAAGACUGAUGAUUACAAUGCCCUCCUGCCCGCGCUGCUCCAAGAUCUGUCGACAAGCGAAUCGCCUAUUCAACUAGUUCUCCGUGAGUCUGUUUUUAACACGGUAAAAGGCGAACCUGAUGGUUGCCCUGCUGGAUCUGAUGGCUUGCACCCAAAUGCUCUGGGAGAGUUUCAAAUCGCAAAAGCAUUUGCGAAUGCCCUCUCUCAGGGAUUCAAUUGGCCCGGGAAUGCCUUCAUUAUCAAUGGAAGUAUUCCUACCCGUGCUUGCAGUACACCUGCCAAUGUGGUAGCCAAAGCAACUACUUGUGGAGUCACGGUGACAUGGGAUCCGGUAUAUGGUGCCUAUGGAUACAUUGUGACGUCUGGGUUCAACGGGGCAGUCAGUUCCGUACUCAAUGUAACCCAACCGACAUACUCUACUACAUGGACUGCUGCUGGCAUCGAGUGGUUCUACCAAGUCCAGGCGUUUUGUUCAGAUGUACGCUCGAGAAUCAGCGGACAAGUCACAGCAACUGCAAAUCCAACAUGUGCCCCAGGCCCUUCCAACAUCAUUGUCAAAUCCACAGCAGAUGGUAUUGACAUGACUUGGGAUGCUGUUGAAGGAUAUGACGUUGAUAUAUACGGCGCUAUAUAUUAUGACCAGACGUCACAGGACUUUCUCGAGGACUAUGGGUGGUCGGGCACCUCGGCAAGCUAUCAUGGGAUGAGCCCUGGUGGCCGUGUCGAGGCUGCGGUUGAACCAAAUCAACCCUACGUACUGGGUGGCUACACCUCGGACGUGCCCUGCAUUGGGGUUACAUUUCUCUUCCCAGGGGCAUGGAACUAUGAGUUUUGCGUAGUUGCGUACAACGGAAACUCGUCGUCUCCAAUGUCAGAGUGUGUUCAGGGUCCCAAAGACAUCACCGAAGUCAGCGACUGUCCAGUAUUGGUCGUGCCAACUCCGGAUCCAUAUUCAACUCCAACAGUGACUUGGUCGAUUCCUGGAGCAUCAGGUACUGCAUCCGGCAAGCCACCUGGCAGCAGCAGCAGCAGCGGUGUCGUUGUGUACAUUGAUCCGACAAUAUGGAACUCUCCAACGCCGACGGCGGCCUGUGAACCCCCUUGUACUCUCGUCUUGCCGCCGUGGACACUCUCUUCAAUGACGACAAUUACCAUUCCAGUCGUCACAGAGACCAUCGAAGAGACUUGGCCAAAGACCACAACCGGUGUUGUUACAUAUCUCACAACUACCAUUACGGUGUUCAUCACGCUUCCACUAAUCACGACAUCAGUAAUUGACGUGUCCAAUAUUAUCCUUACCACGUCUACUUCGGAAAUCGUUCCCGUGAGAAGCAGUAUCGUCGUACCUCCUGUUGUUAUUACGGAGCCCACUCAUGGCAUCACCUACACAUACAAACUAGGCCCCUUCCCGACUGGUAUCGACAUUGGUCCCCCUCCCCCAGGCCACCCAGGAAACAUUCACAUCUCGGCUGGAAUCCCAGGACCUAUCUGUCUUCUUGGUUGUGGUCACAUCUGUCUCUUUAACUGCGGCGGCGGUUCAAGUGGUGGCGGUGGUGGAGAUGGAUCACACGGAUGCAUCGACCCUGGAUGUGGUCCAGGGUCAGAAGACGACUAUGUUGGUGAGGCAUGCGAAGACGAAGAGAGUUCAAAAACUACGACGACCUCCAAGACCUCGAAAUCACCAACUGAAGACUGUGCUUCAGAGAUAAAUACAGAGUGUCACCAGAGACCUUCGUCUACUAUCACAUACUCUGAGAGUGUUGUUGUCCAGCAGACGCCAUAUCCCGUCGUCAGUGGCUACGUGACCGUUGCUCAGACCGCUUAUCCCAUUUCCAACGUCGAAUCUAUCUUCACGACCUCCCUAGACGGAGCCCAGGCUGUCAUUUAUCCCUCAUUUGUAGGAGUCACAGUCUCCGUCACGUUAACACAGUUUGUUCUCUCUACCUUCAGCAAUCCUCCCGCCACUACCACGUGGUCGCCUUCCAAAACAUCGUCAACCCCAACGUCAACGUCAUCCACACCGUACCCAACCCACACAAAAAUUAACGAGGGCGAUGCUUACUGCUUCGAAGGACUUGACGGCUACGUAUCUUUCUCUCUGGGCGAGGCACAGACCGCGUUUGAGUCUUUUUGCUCAGCUAGCUAUACUCUAGAACCAGGCGACUCGUAUGGUUACGUAACCGAAUAUGACGGAUUCGAUUACAACGUCGUGGUGUCGGCCGGAUGGGCUCCGGAUCAAACCAAGUGUGGCGAUGAGCAGCCUUUCCCUUUCGCCGACGACGAGCUGAAUUCCGGACUUUGCCUAAAUGCUUGGAGUACCGAUUUCUACUGUAAAAACGAAACCGGUACGCAGACGACAAGUUAUGGAGGUGCCUAUGUCCUCCAACCUCCAAACACCGGGGGCUGCAUUCUCCUCUCUUUGUAUGCCUACUCUAAGGCGGAACAACCCUUGAUCUCAAAGCCAUCGAAGCACCCAUUCAUUCCGCCGUUCUCGAAUGUCACUCAUAUAGGGGACAAGUUUUCUUGGAAGCAUGAUAAUAAGACCGGUGUUCGUCAAAUAUGGCCCUCUUCUAAGAGCAAAUCGUCAAAGAAUCGCGCCGAGCUUUUCAGUCAAGCAGAGAUUAAUCGACUUUUUGAUGUUUCAUCUAAUGCAAUGUAG